AAUAAGUACCAUAUCCACCCCCAGAUAUAACUAGUUAGCCUAUCCCUAAAUAUUAUAUAUACAAAAUGAAUGCUAGAUUAUCCUUCUCAUUCAUCUGCUUUAUCUUGGCUCUGACCUCCACCGUUUUCCUGGCCCCCACCACGACGUACAGCCUAGACCAAUCCUUCGCCACCGCUGUGUUGAAUGAAACAAACUAUGACAGAUCGUUGCACGCAGUUGCAAAUGUCACCUGGAAUGAAACGCUAUUUCAGUAUGCCGCCUUGAGAGCGGAUAACUUCACUUGCCCUGAACCAUUCUCUGCCGGCAGUAACUUGGGUCACAUUUCUGAAAAUCCCUACGGAGAAAACUUGGCCAUCGGCUACUCAGAUGUAGGCUCAAUUGCCGCCUGGUACGAUGAAAUAUCGAUGUAUAACUUUACGGCGGGAGAGUUCUCGGAGUCUACGGGUCACUUUACUCAGUUGAUUUGGAAUGCAACCACCCAGGUGGGGUGUGCCAAGAAGUACUGUAACCUGUACUGGGGUACUUAUGUUGUUUGUGAAUACUACCCAAGAGGGAAUAUCAUUGGACAAUUUGUGGAGAAUGUUUUUCCGUUGGGAGGGGCCCAGAGAGGUGACGUUGUAUCGUCUUCCAGCUCAACUGCAAGCUCUAGUUCUAGAGCUUCACCUUCGAACGCCGGUUCUAGAACGUCAACCUCUGGUAGAUCAUCAACCUCUAGUAGAUCAUCAACCUCAUCCACUAGUUCCCGGAAUGUAGGGGUAUCACCGCAGACAGAUGUCUCUGGCCCCUGGAAGCUUACAACUAUUCUCUUUGGCUUAUUAAUGACGGUAUAGUUCAUGGUGUAUCACACUGCCGCCGAGUCCCCUUACAACUUAAUUUUUUC